AUGGAUGACCACGGCGAAUUCGACAGCGUCUCAUGGCAACGAGAAGAUACGCCGGAAGGGGAAUCCUCAGCUCCAUUUCACGGCAAUUUGCCAGAUAGAUCCGUCAGCGCGCCGCGAAGCGACAGCAUAUCCAGCGAACCACAGGCAGGUGAACAUGCGGACAAUGUCGACCUGGGUGGCAUAGGUCGCGACGGUAUUUUAGAAGUUACCGUUGACUCACCACUAAAGGAGAACGAUGGGACAAAAGAUGCGUAUGUUUCGUAUCAGGUUACCACUCAUACAGAUUUCAAGUCCUUUCAGAAAAGCGACUUUGCCGUGCGGCGACGCUUCACAGACUUUGUCUUCCUCCGACAGACGUUGCACAGAGACUAUCAAGCCUGCGCGAUCCCGCCCCUACCGGAGAAGAAUAACAUGGCUUACGUUCGGGGAGACCGGUUCAGUACAGAAUUCACCCAGCGGAGGGCUUGGUCGUUACAUCGCUUCCUCAAAAGGUGUACUCUACACCCAGUGUUACGAAGAGCUCCCAUAUUACUAUUGUUCCUGGAAACCGGGGAUUGGAAUGCACAGAUGCGAUUGAGACCAUCGCGAAGCAACACACUGGGUGAGGGUGGCGCGAGUAACCCAUCGGCUCCGCCAGGGUUCUUCGAUAACGUCGCAGAUACCAUGUUAAACGCCUUCUCCAAAGUGCACAAGCCCGACAAACGGUUUAUUGAAGUGACGGAGCGUGCCAACAAACUCGAUGAAGACUUGUCGCAUGUCGAGAAGAUUAUCGCCCGCGUCGCCCGCAGAGAAGGGGACCUCGAAGCCGAUUAUGCCGACCUCGCCAACAAUAUGCGCAGAUUGACUCCACUAGAACCAGCCAUCGAAGCCCCCCUCCAGACCUUUGCUGGGUGUGUGGAAGAAACGUCGAGGGGUUGGAAACAGCUGAAGGACCAUACAGAUCAAAAUUACCUGGGAAGCCUCCGAGAUAUGGAAGCCUAUAUCAACUCUGUCAAGUCGCUUCUGAAGACGCGCGAGCAGAAGCAACUCGAUUUCGAAGGCCUCACAGAGUACCUACAGAAAUCCACUUCGGAACGAGACAUGUUGGCGUCAAGUAAUCCUUAUUCACAUGGCAGCAACCUGAACCCUGCCACAUUCAUUCGCAACAAGGUCGAGGACAUGCGCGGAGUUGACCAUGAGACGGCCCGCCGCGAGCGCGCUCGCAAACUAGAACUCAAAAUCGCCGAGCUCAACCGAGAGGUCGACAGUGCAAAGUCUACGAGCGAGAUGUUUGACGAGCAGGUAGUCCGCGAGGUUGCGGAUUUCGAAAGGAUCAAGGGAGUGGAGUUCCGGGACAGCCUGGGAGCUUUGGCAAUGCAGCAUAUGGAAUUUUACCAAAAUGUUAUCUCGACGUGGGAAAGAUUCCUGGUCGAUAUGGAUGCUGACAAGCACAUACACAAGGACAAGGGAAGGGCUGCUGCAUAG